CAUGACUGUACAGCACCACGAAGCCUCCCAACUGUACACACACUCGCACGCACGUCUCUCUCCACAACAGGCAGGCUAUGCAGCUAUCCAUCGUCCCUCCGCUAUUAUAUUUACACGUCCUCCUGCACAUUGCCCGUCCCCAGCUUCACAUACGCAUCACCCACCCUACUCAGCAAGUCAACAUCCGUCAAAUCAAGUGGCGUCGAAUCGUUGCCCCGCAUCACCGUCUCAGCAACAUAGCUCUUCCGGUGACCCGAAUACGCCCCGGCCUUCUCCAGCCACAGACAGCAAGACGGAUAUUGGCAGCCGGCACCAGCCUCGGGCGCCCCGUCUGGCAGCCGCUGCACCGCACACCCAGGCAGGUACCUCUCGGCCGCGGCGGCCUGCUCGAUCGUCCACAGGACGCAAUUGUUGCUCCAGUCCUCGGCAAAGAAGCCAGUGAACCCGGUGGCGAACCAGGCGUAGACGAGGCAGUGCUGCGUCUCGGCGCAGGUGGCCUUGCACUCGAAUUGCGACGAGGUGGUGAAGGCCCACACGGACGCAUAUCUGAGCUCGGGGUGGGCGGCUGCCGUGCCGGGGGCCCCUGGGAUGGGCGUGAGGUUGCUGUAGUCCUCAAAGUCGGUCAGGAAGGCCUCAGUGCCGUUGUACGAGACGAAGGGGAACACCGACCCAUAGACACCGGCCGUGGGCUGCCACGAAUCGACGAGAAGGUGGGAGAAGCCAGAGUUGGGUGGCAGCGGGGCCAGCUGUGUUGUGAGGCUGGAGAGAUAGUCCUGGACAGCUCCGGCGAGGUGGGUGAAGCAGUAGGUCUGCUGUGUGAAGGUCACGCACCGACCCCGCCACGACAGAGGGAUGGCCGGCAGCUGGAACUGCGAGAAGGGCGUGUCUGUGGUGGCGUUGGCGGCCACGAAGGCCUCGUGCCACACACUGACCACACACCCGCCCCCAUCGGUCCGGCUCGCACACGACUGCUCACAUUCACUUCUCGUCGCCGUGUAGGGCCAAGCCCAGCCCUCAGUGGCCUCCAAUUGUAGGCGAUAGAAGCCGUCUGUCCGGUUCUCGUAGCACACGAUGUCUGGGCCCGGCGCGCCGACCACUUGUGUGAGAGGCGUGACGUGGCUGUACUGCCAGUAGGGUGGGUAGUCGCAUACGCCUGAGGAGAAGAUGCAGUACUGGCCGGGGGGGCAGUCGUCGUCGAUCUGGCAGCACCCCCCGCCGCCACGUGGAGAUAUGGACGAGUGGCAGUGGCUCGAGCAGGAUGGGCCGAAGGAACCUAUUUGUGUGGAUGCAGGGACAAUGAGAGCUGUGUCGUCCAUCGGUGUGUGCCUUGGGGGAUACCAGGUGAGCAGACGCACGUGCCAUUGACGAGACAGACACCCUGGCCGCUACAGGGCACAGGCACUGACGGGAAGUAACGAUUGUUGCCCGCCGGGCACACCUGCACACGCACAGAAAGGGGCCGUGUGAAGCUCAUAAAUCGGCUCCCAUUUGGCUGACCUCAUGUCCACAGUGGCAAGGUGUGGGUGUGUUGUUGUAGAGGCCGAACACAUCUUCAGGCAUCAGCUCGUUGCGGUACAGCGUGGCCUUGGCAAUCCGGCCAGAGAAGAAGGGGCUCUUCAGGAAUCGACCCCUCAGCACCUGCACCUCCUUGAUGCCGAAGAUGGGCUGACCAGUCGCGGGAAAGUUCUCCUGUGGCGUCUGCAGGUCCAGCAGCACAUAUCUCGCAUUCGCAAUCGGGUUCAGGUACACCAGAGCGGCCUCGCGCAGCCUGGCGGUGUCGACAACGACUGUGCGGACGAGCGACGCGGGGUUGGUGAGGGUGGCCAGAGUGGUGGAGAGGUAGACGUCAAAUUGCUGCGGGGGGUAGUCCCAGAUGAUCUCUAUCGUCCCGACUCCCUGUACGGCCCCCAGGUCGACCUGCCAUGUGGCCGUGGCGACACCGUCCUGCGAGAGCCAUGAUGUGUCGAUGAGGCCGUCGACUGCGCUGCCUGCCUCCCUGGCGACGCUGUAUGAGCUGCUGGCCGAUGCGGGCUGGCCCUGCGCCAGCAGGAUGGCCGUGCUGUGGAGGCCGAAGAGGAUGUCACUCGUGCUGUCGAAUGAGGCGUGGGGGGUGCCCGCUGCCGUCUGAUAAGGGCUGCCGUACUGGACAACACACGCACAAAAAGGACGGCGUGUGUAUGCGUGUAUCCGCAUGUGUGUGUGUGUGCGGUAGCUCACCACGACGCCGUUUCGAUAGAGUGUGACGGUUUGGUUUGCCCCCCACGUGGCCACGAUGUGCACCAUUUGCCCCGUCUCGUCGGCGUAGACCGGGCCAGCCCAUCCUACAGGCGUCGCCCUGUUGGGAUCGUCGCUGUCGAUACGCCACUGGCCUGUGCCAUCGCCCCCCUCAAACACGAUCGCGUCGAAUUGCUGAAACCACACAGACACACGGCUAUAUCUUGUUGUUCGAUUCGCUGUCGUCGGCUCCACUGACCGAUCCAUCGGCGGUUUGCACGGACAUGACGCCGCCCCCUCCCUGAUUCACCCACACUCGCGCCUCUCGCAGCCCGAAAGCGUCACAGCCGAGAUGGUAGGGGGUCGCCGGCGCACUCAUUGCCGGAGCUGUGCAGCCGGCGUGGAACGACGUGGCAAUGACGCGGACGAAGCGAGCGUUGCCGAUGAGGGGGGAGUCGUACGUGGCAUUGACCGUCGGGGCCUGGAAAAGGAGAAGGACCACAGAGAAAGGAACUAAGGGUGCUUGUGGCGCUGUGGUGGUGUCUCGCUGUCUUCUCACCGGUAUGUUGAUGGUAUCCAUGGUGACGUAUGUGCCGGGGUUGUCCGGGGCGUCCCGGUCGACAGAGUACUGGAUGGAGUAGGUCUUUGGCUCGUACCACCACUUGAGUGUGACGGCCGACAGCGGCUGGAUGUACUCGAGAUCGAUGUCGAUGUGGGCGGGCGCCUCACCCAGCGCAGAAACCCACGAGGUGUCGUCGUUAUCGUCAAGCGCCCACUCGGCCGGGUAUUGCCACGUCGACGAGGCCGUCACCGACGCGCCCACAGCCACAUUAUAGUUGAGCGAGGUGCGGAACUCCUGUGCGUGACAGACAUCCACAAACUUAUUUAUCGCGUCUUUUUUGUCUCUCUAUGCAACUGACCUUGACGCCGAUUUGCAGGAAUCCAUUCUCGUUGAGUGUGAGAGUGUUGGUGACCUCCAGUCUCACAUACCGACCCACGGCGAGGAAGGCGUGUGUGGUCUGGUCCAGCGUGUUGGCCGCCACCGAGUCGACAAGCAGCGCACUAGCCGUGCCGAAGUCGACAGUGUCGUUGGCCAACCAGAGGUUGAAUGACCGUGCCUUGAGGUCCCAGUCGAUCUCGAUGCCCUCCAGCUCGAACGUGCCGCCCAUGUCCACUGUCCAUGUGGCUGACGUGAGGCCCUCCUGCGCUCGCCAGGCGGUCGUGUCGUCGCCGUCGUUGGCGUUCGUGGCGACGUAGGUGGCGUUGGCCUCAGUCGAUGCUGUGGCCGGUUCGCCAAGGGCACUGUUCGUACCUGAGACCACCCAGUGAGGCGUGUGGGUGAGCGUGUGUGUCGUGCCGUGUCGUGUGAGUCAUUGAGACUUGCCUUGGUCGACUUUGAAUUCCUUGAUGGCGUAGAGGGGCUGCUCGAGUGUCCGCUGCGCAUCCAUCGGACGCAACAAGUCCAACCUGAUCAACACACACACAUCCAUACAUUCCCGCGUAUCGUCUGUGCGCAGGCACCACACGACGAGGCUCACUUGACGUAUCUGGCGGAGAGCCGCACAUUGGCCUGUGUGUGGUACACCAGCUGGGUGGUGUUGUAGAUCAGCUCCUCGGCCAGCAGUGUCCAGGCCACGUUGUCCACCGACCCACUGAUGCGGAAGUGAGCAGCGGGGUACAGCCAGUGGAUGUAAAUGCCGCCCUUGAAGACCUGCACCGAGGCCAGGUCCACCUUUAGCUCGGCCGUCUGCGCCUCAACGCGAGAGUACCAGCUGGUGUCGAAGUCGCCGUCGAGUGCGUUUGUGAGGGGAUAGGACCAGUAGGGGUUGCCUGGGGCAGCUGACAGGGUGUGAGGGACGCCACUGGCGAUGCCUUCGAGUUCAUAGAUACCUGAAGAAGAAGAAUCGAGAACACGUCAGAUAAGGAUAAGGAAACUACACAUCAUUUUGUCAUUCUGCCCGCCUUACCAAUGAGAGUGAGUCCGUAGUAGGUGGAUGCAGGUGCGGCAGUCGUGAUGUCGACCGACACAAGCUGCCCCGUCAGCCCCACGGGCAUCGUGUAGGUCGUGUUGUAGUCACUGUUGCCCACCACCGUCUCAACGACAGCCCCGUCCACUGCUAUGGUGAAGUCGGCAGCGGGGUACUUCCACAGGAUGGUGAUGGUGUCAAUCGGCUGCACGCUGCCGAUGUCGGCUUCGAAGGUCAAUGCGUCCUGACCAAAGGGGCCAAGCCAGAAGGUCUGCAGCUGCUGAUCUGAAAGACGACACACGCACACACACAUUCGCCAGUUGAUGGAUCCUCAUAGUGCAUUCAGUCUCACCUAUGGCGGCGAAUGGCAGGUACUCUUGUGCGGGGCUGCUGUAAGUCCAGUGUGGUGGGGCGGUGCCGGCGACGGUCUGCACGCCUGCGCCCACAUCGACCGCCUCGUACAGCUCGAUCUCUUGUAUGCCGAAGGCCGGCCACCCGCUGCCGUCGACGUCAAUGGGCUGACGCAGCCGCAGGGUGAGGAACUGACCUGACACGUAUAACACACAGAGAGAGCACCGGUGUCGAUUCUCAUUUCCUUUUCGCCCCCCAUGUAUCCGCUUACAAUCGAACAGCCGCGAGAGCUGAACGAAUGCAGCCACAUUGCCCGUGAAGGCCUCGACAGUGACGUCGCUCCCUCCUCCCACUCGGCUGAUCACAUCGACCUCCCCAGCGGCAUACUCAAAGUCCACCCGCAGUCCCACCAGCUGCCGCACGCCGCUCAGAUCAACUUGCACCGUCGCCUCGGUGAUGUUGGGGAGAGUGCGCCAGUAAGUGGCCAGGUUGCCGUCGACGGUGUUGUUUGGCGGGUGAGUGUCGAUCAUGUCGACAGACGAUGCGGUUGCCGGCCUGUUGAGGGCUGCGUUGCGGGCGGGUAUGAGGUAGAUCUCGAAUAGCCCGAUGCGGCGGAAGUUGGAGGGGUCGCGCUGAACGCCAUUGAAGGUCUCGAGGUAGAGGUAGCGAGCUCGGAAAUAUCCCCUCCGAGUGUUGGUGUCGUCGGUGUUGCCGCUGAGGGACAUGUAUGUGCUCGUGAAGACGCCCGCCUCGGAGAUGCGGAUCUCAUACGACUGAUGAUAACACACACAAAAACAGAAAAUGGGGCAAUGACUGCAUUUCCCCUGCUGCCUGCCUGCCUGCCUGCCCGGCCUCUUACCUCAGCUCGAUACAUCCAUCGUAGAUCGAUGCCCAUGAGCUCCUGCACGCUGCCCAGGUCGAUUGUCAGCGUGGCCGUCACCUGGUUGGGCAGCGUCAUCCAGUAGGUCGACAUCAAGCCGUCGGCACCCAGGGCUGCACCGUAGCCCGCCUCCUCCGACGUCGCCGUCACCGACACACCGGCCCGAGCAGCAGGAUUCAGCUGAUAGACACGAAUUUCUGAAGCCCCCAAUAUGGGCUGCAUUGAGAGAGACAUCCCACACAGACAGAAACGCGCGUCUCCGAUUUCUUCAUUUACUUGUUUCAUUCCAACAUGUACCUGGUCAUCGAAGUCAUUGAGAGCAGCUUGUGUGAUGGCGAUCCGCACGUAUCUCGCCGUGAACUGAGCCUCGACCUCGCUGCUGCUAGCUGCGUUGCCGGCCACGGUGGCCCGUGUGGUCCAUGUGGUGCUGUCAGGUGAGCUCUGGACGGUGAAGUCCUGCGCGGGCCAGGUCCAGUCGAUGCCGAUGCCCUGGAUGUCGUACGACGCCUCCAAGUCGAUAUCAACCGACGCCGCAUUCGUGUUGGCCUCUGUAAGCCACGUUGUGUUGGUGUCGGUGUCGACGAGGUUGGCGGCUGGAUGUGUGAUGACCACUGGCGUCACGAGGGCGGUGUGUGUGGCGGCGGUGCGCUGGUUGAACGCCCCGUUGAUGGCUGUGUAGACCUCAAAUGACGUCAGCCCGAUGACCUGGCGGCCGGAGGGAUUGGUGAACCCGCCCGUGGCACUCACAUCCAGCUGAAUAUACCUGUGCACACAGACACAGCAACAGCAAGGGCAAGGGCAAAGAAUGCAAUUGUGCUGAGUGCGUGUGUGUCACUUGCGGACCUGAACGUGCCGACGUGGUUGACUUCCACGUCGAGCGGUGCGGAUAUGUCCGUCUUGCUGUAGAAGGUCGUCCAUGUGGAUAGGUCAGUCGACCCAAGAAGAUCGUAGAAAAGACCCGGAUACUUCCACCUCAGGAUGAAGGUGGCGCACUCGCGCGUCGCGUUGAGGGCAAACUGACACAGCACCACACGCAUGCAGAGCAGUCUAUCGUGACCACUGGUGGCUGUUCUCUCGGCGCCGUACCAGUAUGUUAGCCUUUUGCAGGUCGGCUACGCCCCCCGCCUCCCACCAUGUGUUGGGGUCGCCAUCGACGGCGUAGUUGACGGGCUGCGGCCAGCCGGGCGGGUCUGACGUCCUGUGGGUGAAGGUAUUGCCAAAGACGUCCUCGCCCGUCGCUUCCGCAUAUAUGCCCUACACACACGGAUUGAAUUGAAGCACACGUGUGUGGAUGGAUGGAUGGAUGGAUGGAGGGUUGCGUACCAGUGCGAUGUUGUUUGUGUCGCGCAGCUUGACGGUGACCUCCUGUAUGCCGAUCACCGGCAGGCCGAAUCCGUCCGUCUGGCCGUUCUGCGUCACGUCGAUCUUCAGAUACCGCGCCACGAACAUCUGUGUGACGGAGUGGCUCGCAGACGACUCCAUCGUGUAGCUGGCCAACGUCGUCCAUGUCGCAUCAUCUGCACCAACAGCAACAUCACAGCGUCGCGCUCGCAUGCACAGCACACACGUCAAUUACCAGUUGAGUGUUGGAUGGAGAAGUCUCUGGCGUAGUAUUCCCAAUCGACGGAAGUCUUGACGACCGUAUCUGCGGUCCCCAGGUCCACCUUGAACACCGCCGCAGUGGUGCCGGACGGCGUCAGCCAGUAUGUCGCCAGCGACCCAUCCACGGCAUUCGAUGACGGAUGCAGCAGCGCCUUGGCCUCAUUUGUCGCACUGCAAACAGACAGACAGACAGACACACCCGUUGUCCGCAUGUGCGUGUGUGUCCCGUCCGUCCAUCCACUCACGUGAUGGGCUGUCUGUGCGCGAGGUUCUUGGCGGCCUCCCAUACGGUCACCUCGUUGACAGUGAAUGCCGGCCAUCCAUCCCCCUGUGGCCCCACGCCGGUCGGCCCCUCCACAGCCACACGCACAUACCGACCCCUCGCGGAUGACGGCACAGCAGCGAAGUCGGUGACGUUGGUGCCUGGAGGGAGGGAUGCAUCGCCGUCGAGGAGGGUGAAUGUGGCGUUGUCGUCAGAGAUGGAGAGGUUGAAAGCUGCGGGUGCGUCCUCCCAUAGGAUGGUGAUGUUGUCAAUCAGACGCUCCGUGCCGAGAUCGACGUACCUGCAUUCAUACAUACACACAUGUGGGUGGAGGUGGGAUGGUCGUGUGGUUGGGGUGUGUGUGUGAGAUGUUGUCACCAGUUUGCGUGUGUUUGCUUUGGUCCUGAUGCCCAGUAGGUGUUGGGAUCGCCAUCGACGGCGAGGCUCGCGGGAUACUCUUCCAUGUCAUUCGUGUCAGUGCCAUACGCCACUUGACCCUGACAACACACACAUACAUACCGGCACAACAACACACAUCGGAGAUACACACAUACCCUGACACAUCUCGAUGAUCCUCACCAGUGCCACAUUAGUUCCCCUGCCGAAGGCAGUCAGCUCCCUCACCGCCACAAACACCCGAUUGUCCAGCAUCUCAGCACCCUCUAUGAGCUCCAGACGCACAAACUGGACCAACGGCGGCGACGCGGCAUCCGCCUCAAAGUCCGUCAAGGCCACCCCUCCCCCGCCCCCAGUGUAGCUCUGCUGCACCACAUACGUCGCCGGCAGCCCGUCGGGCGAGGUCUCGAGUGUGAAUGCGGCAGGGGAUGCCUUCCACGUGAGGCGGAUGACGUCGAUGGCCACAGCGGGGCCGCCGAGGUCGACCAGCAGAAUGGCCGUGUCGGUGCCGGGCGGCAGGGCCCAGUAGGUCAGUGGAUCGCCGUCCACUGCCAGCUCAGGGGAGUACUCGGCCUUUGCGAAGACGGUCCCCGAUUUGAAGUGCGACAGAAUGAUGUCUGCGUAGGUCUCGACUUCCUUGACGGCCAGCAUCGGGCCGAAGUCAGGGUGGCUAAAUGCGGGAGACGACAGCUGCAGCUGAAAGAAUCGCCCCGCGCUGGGCACGAGGAAGUCCAGGUCGUAUUGGUCGUUGGUGUUGUUCUGCUGGAAGAGGACCCAGGUGGAUGUGCCGUCGAGUUGUGUGCGGAGGGUGUAUGACUGAGGGGGCCAGGCGAAGAAGACCUUGACACGGCCCAGGUUCGUGUCGGUGCCCAGGUCGAUGAGCACUUCUGCGGAUGUCUGGCCCAGCUGGGCGGCCCAGUAGGUAGACAAAUCGCUGUCAACCACCUUCUCUGAUUGUGGAAAGAUACACGACAGGAGAUACAUGGAUGGUUGUCAGUCUCCAUUUCCAUGUGCUUGCCUGGCAAGACGGUCUCUUCCCAUAGGCUGUUUGUGGUGACGGGCUUCCCUGCAGCGGCGUUGGUGGCGGCCUCCUCUGUCGACACACGCACCCACACCUCCAGACUCUUCUCUGUCAAAGCCCCGUCAGCAAGAUUGCCCAGCGGCUCCGUACGCACGUACUGCUCCUGCACACACACACACACACACACACACACGCGCAGAGAGUCUAGUCUGUCUGCAGGCUCAUCCACGUCGCCGUGUCAUCCACACACCUGUGACUUGUUGAGUUGCAGCUCGUUGUCCCGCACCUCGGCCCCCUGAUAGGCCGACCCAUUCAGAUUCCCAAACAGAUCCCUUAACGGGUCGACCGGCAGACCCGCCUCAUCGGUCUGAGUGAAUGGCCACUCGGCCAAAGGUGAGUAGCACGCCUCGCGACUGGUGAACUCGCAGAUAGAGUUCAAGCAGGCCAUCUCGUCAGACCACACAGUGCCGUUGGUGGCGCUGAAUUUGCUCAGGAUGGCGUCGUUGAUCAGAGAGGGGACAGUGUUGCUGAGCAUGUUGGGAGCGCAGAGUGCCCCAUAAAUGGGGAAUGGGCGGCCGGGGCACUCAGCGAGGUAGUGUGUGGCGAGGCCGCUGAAGAGCCUCGUGACAGGGAAGCCCGUGUUGGUCAGGAUCUCGGUCUCGCAAUGGGUCCAUGGAUCGAUGCCGUCCCCAAUGGCUCUCGACACACAGUCGUACACCUGAUCCUUCUGCAGCAGGGUGAGCUCCUCCAUGUUGAUGCCGGCCAGCAGACACGUCGAGCAUGCGGCCCCGUCAGGGUAGUGCAGCAGCGGCACGGCCAGCGGUACGCCGCAAUCGAGGGCGCAGUCGCCUUCGGGGUACUGCUCAAGACAGCUAUAGCAGUCGGGGCGGUCGGCCGUCACUGUCCGCUCUGGGAACACAUUGAGGGUCUGCGAGAGGUUGCGAGUGCUCGGAUACAGUGUUCCUGACACACACACGCAAAUCGAUCCAUUGACAGUGUCUAGCACGACGUUGCUUCACACCUACCGGUAGAGCAGUCGCAGUCAUCUCCCCAGAUGUACCCAUCGGGAGCCCUGAAUGACGGCAGGCCCGUGACGUCAUCGAGGUACAGCCCGCCCUCAGGCGUCCGCACCGGAUCGCGACCCCACCGGUAGGGAGACGACGGAUCGAUGCCGAAAUUGGAGGGCGUUGGCGUGAGCGGAUUGCCGAUCCGAUACAUCUGACACAUAGAGACAAGGAAAGGACGGCGGGAAUGAUAAACGGACGCGUGUGCAAUGUACGUGUUGUGUGUUGCGUGCGUGGAUUGUUGUGCGUGCCGACCGUGCGUGCUCUGCAUGUGCCGAAUGGGAGUAUGAGGUUGCAGUGGGAGUUGUAUUUGCAACCCGUGCACAGGGUGUGCUUCUGGAAGGUGUCCGGCAGCGAUGCACCGAAAUCCCACGUCAUGUUGGACGUCUCGAAACAGCGACAAGUGGUGCCGUAACGAAGCGCACAACUGCACAGGGGAAAAACCAGACAUGUGUGCAUUAUCUGUGUCCAUGCCGCUCCAUGUGUGUGUUGCGCUGGUGCUCACUCGUAUUGGUAUCCGUUGACAUAGAGCUUCUGCAGGUCGAAGUACCUCACACACUUCUCGCAUGAGCAGUGACCAAAGUAGAACCUCAUGGGAUCGGUCGCGUGCUCCGUCACGCACCACUGGGUCUCGCUCUUGGAUUGGAACAAACUACCCUUUCCAGCCUUGUUGAGGAUGAAGGCGUCCUGAAUCACCUCUUUCCGCUGGCCCUCCCCGUCCGUCACCCACAGAGCUGCCGUCGAGGCAGGAAAGCGGACCUCCCUCACGCAGCCCAGCCAGUAGGGGUGCAGGGGGUCCCAGCUGACCUCGCCCCCUUUGCACGUCACCCCAUCCAGCGGCGGUGCGCCUUCGAAGUGCGCGGCGAUGCGGAUUUCCUUGCGGGCGGCGUUCUGGAUGUGUAUCUUCUCGUCCAGUGGGUCGCUGGAUGUGGACUCGCACGACGUGAUGUUUGAUGCCGGGCAUGCCCGCGUCUCGGUGAAUUGCCAUGAGAGGAUGUCGACGGCGAAGCACUCGGGGGAGCCGCACGCGCCGGUGAAGCCGACGUAGGAGCGGCCGGGGCCUUUCUCGUCUGGCAGCAGGUCACCGCCCUGAGACGAGGUGGCUGUGAGGGUGUUGCCGGGAUUGGGGUCAGCGAUGUUGUUGAUGUCCACCGGCACACGCAAUACCUGCAGUGAGAGCAAGUAUUCUUGCCUAUAUGUUGCUGUGUUGGUGUGUGUGGUCACCUCUAUCUCGUCGACGGUGACGAUGAGCAGCCCGAGGUCCCCCCUUGCCCAGCUGUCGAGCCAUUCUGGGUUGAGCCGGGUGAUGUGUGUGGAGGUGGGCAGCAGAUCGUCGAACGACACUUCCCGGCUGAACGAUAUAAACACCUCGUGAGUGCCUGAAGAGAGCCAAGGACCAACAAGGACACACAAAGUCUGCCUAGCCCCUGUGUGCAUUGGUGCCCCUCACCUACCUUGUUUGAGGUCUGGCAGGUCCCUCCCCUUGUGUAUCUCGUUGGCAUGGUUGUCCUGAUUGGCGGCCGUGAUCCUCGACUGCACCGACAGAUGGUUGGCGUUCGGGUCCAUCGCAUCAGCGUCCCUGUACGUGUCAAACUCAAUAGCCAGUCCCUGCGUCAGCCGAUAGCCGAGCCCGUCCUCUCCUGUUGGCCAGAAGGCCACCGCCCCAGAGCCUACAUCCGUCAGCAGCACGUUCUGCAGCACAAAGGCGAACCCCUGCUGGGCGCUGUCGAAGCACCACCUCGAUGGCAUAGACGCCGCAGUGCAGUGCACCGACUUGUGCAGCAGCAUGAAGGUGAAGCGGGUCGAGAAGCCGUAGGUGAUGAGCUGGCGAAAUCGGUAGAUAGCCGCUCCCCAGGCCAGCUCGUCGAUGGCGCGCUUGGAGGCCGAUGGGGCCACCACUCUGAGGCCAUAGUGGCAGAACUGAUCUCGGUCAUGCGGCACGACGGCCGAGUCAUCAUCUGGGAAGAAGUCGGUGGUGAUGUAUGAGGCGACGAAGUUGUUGUUGGUGACGUUGGCUGCGAAUGGGUUGUCGAGGUAGUCUUGGGCGAGGUAGGUUUGGAAGGGGUAGGAGGGCGGCACACGCAGCUGUGUGAAGAAGAAGGGCUCCGACGUGUUGCCGUAGGGCACAUUGCGCGGGCAGGUCUCCUGCACACACACACACACACACUCACCAUCCAUUCAUGAAUGAAUCACCCUCGCUGAACGUACCUCGAAUGAUCCGCUGAAGAAGUCAAACGUGGCAUCUUCGAUGAGGUGGAAGUUGUUGGGGCCGUUCGUCUCAAGCUCGUCACGAAAGCUGACGAAGUUAAAGUCUGCAGCAGCGAAGGGCAGCAGGAGCAGACAGAUCAGCAAGGACAGGUGCUGCAUUCACAGGCUACUAGAAGAUGCCCAGAUCACUUUGGCAAUGGAUAGAUCCAUAGAUCCGUCAUCAGGGAUCUGGGUUGGGCAGUGCAAGUGUCCCGAGAUAUGAAAUGUCCCAGGCUCCGAGCUGGACUCAUCACCCAGCAGCGUCCCCUCU